GAGAUCUGCUGUUGGAGUUUGAAAUCAGCUGCCUCAAAAGGAUGCCAAUACUGGACAUUUGGGACAUGAUCCCGGAAGAAAUUUUGUCCCACAUAUUUUGCUACCUCCCUCUCAAGGACAGACUCGCAGCCUUCCAAGUGUGUAGGCGCUGGGCUGUGGCGGUUUCUGCCAGUUCCGUCUGGAACUUCACAGAGGUCAGCUGCAAGGAUGAGGAUGAAGAUGGCACAUUGCAGAGCUUACACCAGUUCCUGGACCUUAUCAAGCAUCUGAAGAUCUUGUUUGAUCAGUCCAAGGAGGUAAUUCGGAGGAACGUCUCUCAAAUUUUAGACAUGCUGGCCCAGCAGAACCACAAGUUGCAGGCUCUCUGCAUCGCCUGCACAGGGGAGAAUCCCUAUUUUUAUGCGGGCCAAGACAUCCUGCAGAGCAUCAGGAACAUCUGCCAGAGCGAGACCAAGAUCAACCUCCAGAAGAUUGAUUUUCGACAGAUGCCUUUCACUCUUGAUGAUGGGAUUGUUGAGCUGAUCGCAAGCUCUAGCCCGAACUUGCGCACCUUGUUCAUCAACAAUCGCACCCUGGUUUGUAAUGUCAAGCCAGAAGCUAUUGUUAAUCUUCUUAGGGCUUGUCCUAAAUUGUCUACUUUGGGUGUCUAUUAUGCCAGCCUGUCUGAAGAUGUCUUUCAGGAACUGGUGAAGCCAAAUCGGGAACCUUUCAUUUGCCUGGACAUUUUCUGUGAGCGUCUGGACAAAUACAUCCCAGUUAUCACAGAAGACCUUUGGGCUGCAGUGAGUGAGAGGCACCCACAGCUGUAUGUCGAACUCGAGUUUGAGCACACGGUCCCUGCCUGGAAGAUACCUCGCAUCCUGAAGCCAAAUAUCCCCGUGACCACUCUGGAACUGAACACUUUUACAUACAUGGUGAACCAGGUUAGGUUUGUCACCAGCAACUACAGCAGAACUUUGGAGAGGCUGGUCCUUCACACCACUCCAUCCGAUGACCUCGACUUCUCCUUGAUAGAUCUGGCAAAGAAGUGUGUGCGUUUGAAAGAGGUCCACUGUUACUGCACAGUUAGCCAAGGUGUAAUUGAGGCCUUCUUGACACGUUGCCCGGAUCUGAAAAGAUAUACUCUAAAGAUCACCAAAGAACGCCACCCUUGGCAACCAGUAAUUGUCUCAUGAUUUUUCUAAAGAGCUACUUUGGAAAAACCUGCUCAACCAGUUUGCAUAUUAUGAAAUCCUCAUGUCCUCCUUCUGAUCAGGUGUGUUUAGGAAGUUCAGAACUUCCUGGGUUUGCAGGGGCCAGAUGUGGAUUAAGACUGCAGGAAGUGGAGGCCUAAAGCUUCCCCUUUGUGGCAUUUCGCCCAACUUGAAAUGACCCCCAGGGAAUUCUUUGGACUGUAUGGACUACUUGGGAAACUGAUGACUACAUGUAAGUUUCCCAGUGGGGCAAUUAAUGGCUCCCUAGGACCAUUUCAACUUGGGAAAAUAGUGUUGGGGUCCUUUCGCACUCUUAUUUUCAUCACUUGUGUGCCCCUAUUGCUUUCACGUUUUUUCUGCACUUAUGUUGCUCCCUCUAGUGGUUGCUUUGGUGUUACAUCACUGUAUUUCCACCAUAUUUCCCUGCAGUUGCAAAGUGCAUGGGAAUGUGCUAGAGAUAGUGUGAUGUAAUAUCAAAAGGACCACAAAAGGGAGCAAAACACGUGUGGGAAAGAAAAAACCUCUGAAGGAAUAGGGGCACCCAAGUGAUGAAAAUGAGAAUGCAGAAGAGCCCAUGGAGUGGGGAAAGUGUAAGUCCCCUUUCCCCAUGAUCCAGGUUGGUCUCUGAUGUGCCUGCAAAUUAAGUUCCAAGCACAGAACUCAGCACAUGCCUGAUCCAAAGAGGGAGUUUGUCAAAUGUCAUUUGACCCUCAAACUGCAGCGCUUACUUCAGCAACCAUGUGCUUACACAGUGCCAGCUCUCUUCAUGCUCCACUGAACGUAUUGUGGACAGCGCAAUACAAAUAUAAAGUACUUUGCUGCCAAAGUGAGAUAUGGAAGGGAUUGCUGUGUGGUUUCAAAAUGUGUAGGCAGUAUGUAUUGUAUGGAACCGAAAUGCUUUUCUGCUAAGCUAUUGCUGGAAGAAACAGCUGCCAUUUUAGAGCACAGGUCCUGAUGCAACCUAAAAGUAACCUCAGUGACUAUGGUGGGCUGAAGUCAUGUGGAUAAUAGGCUAUUGCACUUAGACUCUAACACAUAGCUAAGUAAGCCCGUUAGUUCAAAUCAGUAUGAACAUGACAUUGCUUCAGUGAAUGUGGAUUAUACAUACAUCAGGGGCAGAUUAGAUAUAUAUUUUUCUAGUUCUUUUGUGAUUGUAAUAAUAUAUAAAGUUGUGAUAAUUUUGAUCACUCACAAUAAACAUUUAUCUCAGAGUGUAACUACACUUGACCAA